GCCCUCUGCGCGUACUCGUACGCAAUUCAUUGUAUCUGGCAGAAGAGGCUAGUGUCGGCGAAGGAACGCAACUGCUGGAAAACAGCUUAUAGGAAUUUAAGAUUCAAGCAUGGCAGCAAUCCGUAAGAAGCUGGUAAUAGUGGGAGAUGGAGCGUGUGGUAAAACCUGUUUGCUUAUUGUCUUCAGUAAAGACCAGUUCCCUGAAGUCUACGUACCCACCGUGUUUGAGAACUAUGUGGCAGACAUUGAAGUGGAUAGCAAACAGGUGGAGCUUGCACUUUGGGAUACUGCAGGCCAGGAAGACUACGAUAGGCUCCGCCCCCUUUCCUACCCAGACACAGAUGUCAUUCUCAUGUGCUUCUCCAUUGACAGUCCAGACAGUUUAGAAAACAUUCCAGAAAAGUGGACCCCUGAAGUCAAGCACUUCUGCCCAAAUGUACCCAUCAUCCUCGUGGGCAACAAGAAAGACCUACGCAAUGAUGAGCAUACACGCAGAGAGCUAGCCAAGAUGAAACAGGAACCAGUAAAAGCUGAAGAAGGAAGGGACAUGGCCAAUCGGAUUGGAGCUUUUGGCUACAUGGAGUGCUCUGCGAAGACAAAGGAUGGCGUGCGGGAAGUAUUUGAAAUGGCCACCAGGGCGGCACUGCAAGCCCGAAGGGGCAAAAAGAACAGCAAAUGCCUUUUGCUGUGAGCAUACAGCACUGGACUCAAACCUCAGAAAGAGGUGCAGAGAAGUGUGUAGGAGCACGCUUGUUCCUCAGACUCACCAACCGCUUUGGAAGAAAGAGAGAAAAUCUCAGAACAUUAGUUUUCAUUUAGUUUAAUUUUAUUUUUUAAUUGUUCAUUUAGUCAUAAAUGUUUUAUCAGUAUUUAAGAAAAAUGCAGAGGACAUUGAUUUAUCUGCUUUGUUGUUUUUAUGAUGCUUUACUUUAGUUUUGUGUUAUUAAAGCCACUCCCAUCGCUGCCAAAUGCUGUCAUGUGACUUAAGCUGCCAAUUAUUAUUAUUAUUAUUAUUAUUACUUUUAAACCACCAUGAAACAGGGCUGAAAAAGUAAAUAUGAUUUGUAAUAUCUUAAGUCAUUUUUAUGGAUUGUUUUAGACUGGGAAUAUUAAAAAAAACAUUCAAAAGUAGAAAGAAUGGGAAGGGGAUAGAUAUGUAUACAUACAUGUGUAUAUACAAGCGUGUGUUAACGUGUGUACACGGUCAUGACUGGAACUGCAUUUGUAAACAAUACUUGGUAAUCUUAUGUAAUAAAAUACUUUCUAUAAGGAACAGCACUGUUUGGUCUAAAAUUGUAUAACUGAAGUUUGUACAAUAUUUAAAAGUUUAUUUGGUCAAAUAAAGUUCAUUUGACGUCAGUAAAAUGUA